CAUAAUCCAUUUUCCUAACUUCUCAAUUGCACCAUUGCACGAAGCGAGUGUAGAGACGUUAGCCACGAUGUUCCUACCAUAAGAGAGAAAGAUGCAAACGUUACAAAUGAGUCUGUUGACACAACCUUACGUUCAGCCUCGUUUCCCUUGCAAGCGCUACCCGACCUUCUCCGCAUCCUGCAGAACUCAAAAGACAGCGACCGCGAAAACAGAGAAGGUGCUUUUCAGUGAGUCAUUUGAUCAAACACGUUGCGCGCAGCCUCUCUCUGAAAAGAAGAAGAGGGUGUUCUUUUUGGACGUUAACCCGCUCUGUUACGAAGGAAGCAAGCCCAGCUUGCACUCCUUCGGGCGGUGGCUCUCUCUGUUUCUCUAUCAAGUCAGCCUCACUGACCCCGUCAUUGCUGUUAUUGAUGGAGAAGGAGGCAGCGAGCAUCGCAGAAAGUUGCUACCUUCAUAUAAAGCACAUAGGAAAAAGUUCAUGAGACACAUGUCAAGUGGCCAUGUUGGGAGGUCUCAUCAAGUUAUAAAUGAUGUUCUUGGAAAAUGCAACGUGCCAGUUAUAAAAGUUGAUGGUCAUGAGGCUGAUGAUGUUGUAGCUACUCUAGCUGGACAAGUUGUCAAUAAAGGGUUUCGAGUGGUUAUUGGCUCCCCUGAUAAGGAUUUCAAGCAGCUUAUAUCUGAAGAUGUGCAAAUAGUUAUGCCUUUGCCAGAGUUACAAAGGUGGUCAUUCUACACCCUGAGGCACUACAGGGAUCAGUAUAAUUGCGACCCAGAAUCUGAUCUGAGUUUUAGAUGUAUUGUAGGUGAUGAAGUAGACGGCGUUCCUGGUAUCCAGCAUCUGGUCCCUAGUUUUGGUCGGAAGACUGCUAUGAAACUUAUUAAAAAACAUGGUUCCUUGGAAACUUUAUUAAAUGCGGCUGCAAUAAGGACAGUAGGUAGACCAUAUGCACAGGAUGCCCUUAAAAACCAUGCUGAUUACCUUCGGAGAAACUAUGAAGUUCUUGCCUUGAAAAGGGAUGUAAAUAUCCAACUCUAUGACGAGUGGUUGGUUAAGAGAGACAAUCACAAUGAUAAAACUGCACUAUCUUUCUUCUUCAAAUAUUUGGGAGAAAGUAAGGAGCUCAGUUACAAUGGAAGACCUAUCUUUUACAACGGUUGAACACUUUCAGAGUAGGCAAUUUUUACGUGAGUUUGCAUUCUAGGAUGCUGUCAGUAUCAUUUUUGGUCACUAUAACAUGGAAGCUUGCUGCAGCUGUGUCAUCGGGAUUCACACACUGCAGAUAAAGUCUUGCGUACCACCACCUUAACACAAUAUCUAGAUGUUACGCUGAUCAACUAGCAUGGUAAAAUUUUCCUUGACCAUCAGUCGUUAUGUGAUAACCUGGGAGAUAUUUGAAUAUUCAUGUCCAAUAACCCUAGGUGUAAGAUGUCAAAAUGAGUUGAAUCCAUUGGAACAACUCAUUUAAUUUGAAGAGAGUUGGGUUAGAUUACAUGAAUCAAUCUUUCAAUCCACAUAAUUUGCCAAUCCAGUGGAUCAAGGACAGUUUGAGUUCAUCGGAUUGAGCCUUCGGGUUGGACUUUUUAUUGUGUUGUAAUGAAUUGUUUAGUUAAAUAAUGUUUUAUUAGAUAUUUGUAAUGCUUUGUGGGUUAUUACGAACUUAGAUUAUUUUCAUGGCUUAA